AUGCAGAAUCAGGUGAAUGCUAAUCCUGAGAGACCCCACCCUGUGAGUAAUCCUGUGACUGUGGCUGCUCCAUUCAUCUUUACAUCGGGAGAGGUUGUUAACCUCACUAGCCUUGUUUCUUCAGCCAACACCAAAACUACCUCAGCACAGUUCUCAAAUUCUACCACCUCAGUGCUGGCCACUCUUGCAGCUCUUGCUGAGGCAUCAGCCCCCGUCUCCAAUUCAAACAGAGCCACAGGUAGAACAGAGGAGACUAUAAUUGAAGAUGAAGAAGAAGCAGAGAAUUUGCCACUGACAAAGAAACCAAGAAUAGAAGAGAUGACAGACAGUGUGGAGGAAAGCAAGGAAGGCAGCGAGAGAGAGCUACUACAGCAUCAACUUCAGGAGGCCAAUAGAAGAGCCCAGGAAUACCGACACCAGCUCCUGAAGAAAGAGCAGGAAGCAGAACAGUACCGUCUUAAGCUGGAGGCCAUGGCCCGACAACAGCCCAAUGGAGUUGAUUUCACCAUGGUUGAAGAGGUGGCUGAUGUAGAUGCUCUAGUAGUCACAGAGGGGGAGGUGGAAGAGAGAGAGACAAAAGUGACUGGGUCAGCAGGGACCAAAGAGCCUCCUCAUACUGGAGUUUCCGUGGAAACUGUUUCAUCUUAA